UCAAGCUGUUGUAUUUAUUUUGACUCGUCACAGACCUGUCUUUUACUUGGUAUUUUAUUGGAACAAAUCACUUUUCAAGUGACAAUCUCUUGCCGUUGUCACCAUAAAAAGACAGCAAUCAUUGUACUGUCAUAUAUCAUAUAUAUUCAAAAUAGUGCACAAGUUAACAAUUUGAAUAACUAUUUCAAUAAUUUAUGUCACCUUCGUGUUACCAUAGUUACUCCUAUUUUGCAUUAUAAAGAAUUUCGAGAAUUCGGUGAAAAGUAAUUUUGUUAUUUUGUUACGCAUUAGCAAUGUCAAUUGCAACACUUAAUACAUUAGUCUUUUUCUCGUAACCGGAUUUUUCUUAUAAAGAAAACUUUGCACAUUGUCGCGUUUGAACAAUAUACUUUUAAAAGUUUGAUUUGGAUGUCGAAAAUUAUUGCUUACAAACAAGUUUUGCCUGUAAACGGCGGUAACUGUAUUUACGAUUAUUCGUAAAAGGAAAAUGAAAGAAGAUGAGACUUUAUUGAAGGCUUGUAGUACACCUUUACCAGCAGACGUCGAUGAAAGAUCACAAGGAAUCCAAAAAGAGGAAGAUGCGAAGUCUUCUCUUCUGGUCUACGACUUCGUUUCUGAAGUCUGUGUUGCAUGUGAAGUUGUGCUAAAGAGUCCCUGGAGAAGUCCACUUUGCUACCGUUGCCACACGUCGUUGUAUCCUCAUCGCACAAUUUCGGAAGAGGAAUUCGAUAGUGAACAAGACCUUGAACGAUUUCAGAAGUUCAAUGCAAUACCACACAUGGUACAAGAUACAAGCAUGGAUGAUGAAUUGUUUAAUCGUUUUCCUGAUGAUAUUCUGAUGCAUAUAUUCUCCUAUCUGGAUGAGAAUGGCCUGUACAAGGCAUCGCAGGUGUGUCAAAAAUGGCACGGUCUCGCUGAGGAAAGAGUAUGGAAGGUGCAGUUUAAGAAGAAAUGGCCUGUAUUUCGUCCUGUCGGUUCAGUUUCAUGUUGGAGAGAUUUGUAUUUCAAAAUGAUGGAAGCUUCGACGUGUUUGCCAUGUCUAGAAGAAAGUUUCAAUGGGAAAAUUAUAGCCGUCCCAGAGACUCCUCGUGCUCCCAAUCUUUGGAUUCAAAAUCGUCUUUCUGAUAAUCUACAAGAGUUACGCGACAUGCCCGAUGGUAUACGAGCAUGUCCGGUCGACGACGAGCGUUUGAAUUGGCAAGUGUCAAUCGCUGGACCACCCAAUUCGGUUUAUGAAAACGGCAUUUUUUACCUACACUUGGAACUACCCAAGAAUUAUCCUUUUCAUCCACCGCGGCUACGCUUCCUCACGCGAAUUUUUCACCCAAACGUUAACCGUCAUGGAGACAUAGGUCUAGACAUUCCUCUUCAUCAAAAUUGGACUCCAGCGCUAACAGAAUCGAUGGUUUUGGUUAGCAUCCAGUCCCUGUUAACGGAUCCUUACUGUCACGUGUGCAUGGAGCACGUGGUUGGGCAAAUGUACACCGAGGACAGAGAAUACUUUAACAUUGUUGCAAGAGACUGGACAAGAAAAUUCGCACAGCAUCAUUACCAAAAUUCCGAACACAACUUGAUAGAUGUUCAGAAUUAAAUGUCUGCAUGGUGAGGGUGUAUAGUAGUUUGUAUCAAACUGGAUGAGUUCAUUUCACAAUAAUGACAAAAUUAUGAAAAAACUAUUUGCACUUUGCAAAAUUUGAUAAAUGAGACGUGUACAGCUAUUUUACUCGGAAAGGUUUUUCAUACAACCUCUUGCUCUGUUUUAAUUUGGCCGUAAUGAGCAAUCUUUCUCUCUGUACACUUCAUAUAAGCAAGAUAAAAUACAAGUUCGCAAUUUGAA